GACUAUUUUUUUUUUUUUACAUUCGGUUGCUAUGGGGAAUCUUGCCUGUAUGCGCUCAUGAUUGUGUCAAAGGUUUGACCUGCACGGGUUUCCGUAGUGGUGACAGCAAAACGACGGGCGGUAGAACGACUGUCACACCGGAAGUAACGGGGAUUGCGCUAUACAGAGAGGGGCCGCAGUUAGGGCGCGGAGAUCUGCCUGUGUUCAGCGCUGAGGGUCACAGGAGAAAGUGCAUGGACUCUCUGUAAGCUGAGUGGGAGCUCAGGGCUCAGUCGGCUGCAGCCGUCCUGAGACCAUCCUGCUCCAGAUACAAGGUGUGAAUGAGCGAGGAGGAGCGCCCCGCUGCCCUCGCUGACACCAUCCUGCGCUUCCUCUGUCACGAUGACAUAGACACAGUGAAGGAGCUAUGUGCCGACUGGUUUCCCAUCGAGUACCCCGAUUCGUGGUACAGAGAUAUCACGUCGAACAAGAAAUUCUUCUCUUUGGCUGCCACCUACAAUGGGCAAAUUGUGGGUAUGAUUGUAGCAGAAAUCAAAGGCAGGACCAAAGUGCACAAAGAGGAUGGUGACAUCUUGGCAUCCAGUUUCUCAGGUGACACCCAAGUGGCAUACAUCCUCAGCCUUGGUGUCGUGAAGGAAUUCCGAAAACAGGGUAUUGGAUCCCUGUUAUUGGAAAGCUUGAAGAGCCACAUCUCCAGCACUGCCCAGGACCACUGCAAGGCUUUGUACCUCCAUGUCCUGACCACUAACAGCAAUGCCAUCCGCUUCUAUGAGAACCGGCACUUCCACCAGCACCACUACCUGCCCUAUUACUACUCCAUUCGUGGGGUACUGCAAGACGCCUACACUUAUGUGCUUUACCUCAACGGAGGCCACCCACCUUGGACCGUUAUGGAUUAUUUGCAGCAUUUGGGAUCAGCGCUGGCAGGUUUUAGUCCUUGUACUCUCCCACAACGGAUAUACCGCCAGGCACACACUCUUCUGCGCAGCCUUCUGCCAUGGUCCAGCAUCUCAGCUAAGAGUGGGAUUGAGUAUAGUCGCACCAUGUGAAAACAGAUCGAUGAACAUCGAAUUAUUACCCGGAGUCCCAGUUAAUCCAUCACAAUCCGGAUCACCUGUCAAGACAGAACUCCGACAGCCAGCCAUGGUGAUGAUUUGACACUGAUAUUCACCAACCAGGGCUCACCUGUCCUUUUCUCCAGUUAGUGAUGUGGAUUUCAGGUCUGCUACUGGAUGCCCUCCUCUUAACAGCCCGUGAAACUGCUUUUUAUGUCUGCAUACGAAACAAUCUCUCAGAACUUGUUUUUAAUAAGAUCUUUCUUUUCCUGCCACUGUAAAGGGUGCUUCUUCUUCCCCCCACCCCCCCCCCCCACCCCACCCCAUUUACAGCUUUUUCCUCUAUAGAUCUCCCUUUUUAUUUAACACAGUACAGUGAGGAAAUGGAAAAAAAAAUAUUUUUUUUCUUUUUGACCCAUUUCAUAACCUGUAUCUGCUUGAUUAUUUCCAGGUUUAAGCAUAUAGAUUAAUGCAUUGAAGUCCUUGUGAAAUGUACUGUAUUUGAUAAGUGAAGGGACUGCCCAAAGCUGGUUUGCAGUAAGAGAAUGGUCAUAUAUUGCUUUGUUUGUGUUGUUUUUCAUGGUCUUUUGGCUUUAAAUAGGACAGGGAGGGAAAAAAAAGCAGGUAAGCCCCUAUGUGAUUGCAGCUGAGGCAGGGCAAGUGUGAAGUCCAUUAAACCAUCUUUCCUGUACUUAAGGAGGAAUAUAUUUAAUGACUGUUGCCUUGAGGUCCUUGUGUCCUAAGCUAGAUACCUAUUCUAGAUCCAAAUUAAAAUUACAGGCACCAAAAGCGAUGCAAAUAUGAUUUUAGUAAGUGCCCCCCCCACUAACUAGGGGGUAUCAGAAUAUGAAGAUAAUGUUAAGUGAUCCGUUACUUUCUCUUUCACUCCUGUCCUGUGUGCUGCUAUGGGCAAAAGGCUAAAAGAAGAACUAACCACCAACUACAAAACCAUAUGUUUUGGGCUUCUAUACCAGCCUAAGGGAAAUACAGCUGCGGUGGAGCCCUUGUACAGUUCUGUGCCUCCAGAGAUGCCCCCAGUAGUUUCCCAUCUUCUUUUCUGCCGAUUCCUUGCACGUGCUCUGUGCUGCUGUCACUUACUUAGGGACCGACUCACAAUAUACUGUAUAUAUAAUAUAACAUUCACAAUACAAGGCUGAUUAGUAAUUAAUUCAGAUUCUAUUACAUGGCAGCUCAGAAACCAGUGGAUUCUGUUAAAGAACUAAAUAAUCAGCCCUGUAGAAUCAGCUUCUAUUUCCAGUAUAACCUCACAUUUUGAUAAUUUCCGAUGACCCCUAGGCUUAGAACUCAACAGCAGCCCCAGAGCACACUGAGCAUGUGCAGUGCCACUGACACUCAAAAGAUGACCAAACAAGAUCCAAGAUGAGGAGCUGCUGAGGGCAAUUUAGGUGGCCUAGAAUAGAUCAUUACUGCUAUGGGGCUGGUACAGUAAGUUCAGUAUAUUAAAUACAGCAUGACUUUAUCCAAGGGUUUAGUUUUCCUUUAACUGUUGCCUGUUAUGUAGAGAGUGGUAUUUUAAAACAAAACACAAAUGGUCUUAAUAUUUAGUUUUUUGUGGGUUUGUAUUGAUUUAUCUUUUUGCUCUGCAACUUUCCAUGUUAAACUAGGGAUUCACCCGACUCCCUAAUCUUUUGGAUUCCGUUUAAUGCCGAACCUCAAUCCUUUUAUGCACAUACAGAUCUGAGCAAAAUCUAAACAAAAAUGCAUCGUAUGAAAGGCGUAUUGCCUUCAGUUGUCAAUUACUAUUAACUCCUUCACAUCUGCCUGUGGGCACAGUCUCCAUAGUAUAAACAGGAACCCAGAAACCUAAAAGCUGGCACACACAUUGUAAUGUGAAUGUUAUGAAUGUCAGUCACAUAGGUUUCUUUUGUGGUGACAAAUAGGGUUAAAAAAACCUUUUUCUAAAAAGCACACAGGGGUAUUUUUCUGCCUCCAUUUUGCCCCAGGCUCUUGUGUGAGUUUAACACAUGCACAGGUCAGAACUUCCUAUCCUCAGAAUUUAUAUGCUGUCUGUUUUCAGGGAGGCUGAAUCAAAGUCCAUUUAUUAAAAGCUGAGGUGAAUUUCCCCUUUAAUCCUGCAGGCGCUCUAAGGCAUACUCCUCUUCUGGAACAAAUGUGGUUUUCUUAGGAGCUGUGUGGGCUUUUCAAUCAGUUUAGCACUCCUUUUAUCUUAGAGUUGAGGGGAUUAUUCUGUUCAUUCUAUUCAAUGCGUUUCACAUGUUUUGUUUUUUAUUUAUAUUUAGGGUUUUAUCAUCUUUUAUUGAUUGUGUAGAGUAGCACAGCUUGUUAUUGUGUAUAGAAGCAGAAAUCAUUUUAGGCUCCCAAACGUCCCGAACUAAAUAUCAAACCAAGCACUGUGUCCCAUUCACAUAAAUAAACUACUUAGAAUACCCUGCAUUUGCCAAUAUUGACACAUAGAUAUUAGAUAUGUAUCCUUGCCUAAUACCCUAUAUGCCCUCAGAUAUUGCCCCUUCAGCUUUCCAGCAUCUAAAGGGGGGCCACUAUAGGGCCUUAUGCCUAAUUGAGUAGGGCAUAGAUCUUGGUAAAAGGCUUUCCUGGGGCAUAUUUAUAUUAUAUAAAGGGAAUAGAGUUGUAGGGCUCUAGGAACAAAGUAUCCUAAUCAUAAUUAUAUAGCACUGCCAAGGGUCCUGCUCACAAGAGCUUACAAUCUAUGUUUAGGGUAGGGUUCUACUCUGCUAUGUUUUCCUUUUAAGUUUCCUUAUUUUUUUAUUUCAUUUGCAGAGUAUAAUAUAAUGAUGAGUUGUACAAUUUGAUUGGCCAAUCCAGUCUUCAUCCAGGUCUGUAGGAUCGCAGGUGCCUGAAAAGUCUAGUCUGUGCGGCAGCGCAAUACAGUUUUAAAAAAGGGACUUCUGCUAUCAAGAGCAGCCUUAAUGGUUAUAAUUUUGGGGCAUUUCUUGCUGCCCUGAAUGGCAGGGGUUACCUGCAUACGCAAGACUCCCGUCCAACCCCCACAGAAGUCAGAAGGUGAGAGCAGUCUUAGAAGUGAUUCCAGCUGUAAAGAGGCCUUACUAUUUGCUGCCCACAUAAAUAAUCGUAAAAGGGAAAUUUACCUUUAUGGUAACUUUUAAUAUGUUCUAGAUGGAUAUAUGCUAAGCAAGUUUUCAGUUGGUCUUCAUGUUUAAUAUUGUAUGGUUUGUAUUUAUUAGCCUAAAGGUCCCCAUACACGGGCCGAUUGUAGCUGCCGACAUGGGUCCCUUGGAUCGAUUCAGCAGCUCAUCGGCCCGUGUAGGGGCAGAAACGAGGGGCCUGGCCGACCGAUAUCUGGCCUAAAAUUGGGCAGAUAUCGAUCGGCCAGGUUAGAAAAUUCAGUCAGAUCGGGGAGCCAAUGCGGUCCCAGAACCGACUGCCCCAUUGCCGCCAAUAUAAUUCGAUCGUUUGGCCCCAGGGCCAAAUGAUCAAAUUAUUUUUAUUUUUAACUACAUGCUCCCCGAUAUCACCCACCCGUAGGUGGGGAUAUCGGGUGAAGAUCCGCUCGCUUGGCGAUCUCACGUGUAUGGGGACCUUUACUAUUCUGCAAACUUCUAGCCUACACCUAACUAGUUGUCAGGGUCACAGCAACUGACAAAAAAAAGAAAUUGGCUUUACUUCUAUUAUUUUCAUUUUGUAUGCCUUAUGCUUCUUCUCAGGCCCUCUACUCUUCGUCUUCCCUGGUUUCCUAGUUGUCAGGGUAAUUGACUCCUAGCAAACAGAUAACUGUUUAAACUCCAAGUUCCAGAGCUGCAGAACAAAAAAAAGUGUAAAUAGUUCACAAACGACAAUGAAUUUGAAUGACAGAUUUAUGAGAAUUCUGCUAUCUAUAUCAUAAUAAAAGUUCAUUUUAAAAGUGUACGACCCCUUCAGGUUAAUACAGCUGGAAUAUACUUCUGAUGUCUCCCUGUUCCAUUAAUGACACAUGCUGAUGAGUUUUCCCACAAAUAGAAAAUUCUUUAAUGCAUUUGUUUACCUGGCCCCUCCCUACACAAUGUCAGAUAGGGCUCCUAAGCCGCCUACUUGCUGUUGAAUUAUAACACAGCAGGAGGGCUAUAGGUUGUGGUAAUGAAAGUUGUGGCUGGCUAGUCUGGACAGUGGCAGCUAAAGCUAUUGAAAUGGAAAGUUAAUACACUGAUUUCUAAGUCUUCCCAUCAGAGAAACACUUUAGGAAAAUGAAGCCGUGGCCGUGUUAACCCACUGUAGUUAGGAUGCUACAGCACUUCCUACUCUUGUUUACUUUUUAGUUGCAUUUUUACUCUUUCUCUAUUUAUUAAAUUAUGUUCUUCCUUCAUUUCCUAUUUAUUUUAUAUCAUUCAUAUUCUGUCUCUUCUCCUUCUGCCCUCUCAUUGCCAGGCCACCCCCCCCCCCUCAUUCAAUUGUGUCUAUGUAAAGUUGGCCAUGCAAAGAGGUGGUUCACAUUUAGUAUGCUGAAGAGAGUAAUAUUCUGAUGAAACAAUUUGCAGUUGGUCUUCAUUAUUUUAUUUGCAGUUUUUGAAAUUAUUUCACUUUUAGUUCAGUUUGGAAUUUCAGCAGUUAUCUGGUUGCUGUGGUCCAAGUUACCUUAGCAACCAGGGAGUAGUCAUGAUGAGAGACUGGUAUUUGAAUAGGAGAGAGCCUGAAUAGAAAAGAAAGUUACACAACAUAACAAAACUGUAGUCUUAGAGAAACAGGUUUUGGUUGCUUGGGUCACUGACCCCCAUUGAAGAAUUGCAAAGAGUUGAAAGAAGAAGGCAAAUAAUUUAAAAACGGUAACAAGUAAAUAAUAAGGACCAAUUGAAAAGAUGCUUUAAAUUCAGUAUCAUACUAAAGGUACCUAGUGCUGGAUUUGCUUACCUGCCACUAAUUGGUCCACAGAUGCUUUGGGACAUAUUGGGAUGAUGCAAAUGUUUGACCCCUGGGUCAGUGAUUGGCUCAUUAUGGGGCCUUGGGUGCCCUGUUUGGAGAGGACUGCAUCAAUGAGCCAUUUAGGAGAUUUUUUUUAAAGUGUCCAAUAGAGAUCUGCCUGAUUUUCAGCCAGCUGUUGGUUGGGCAGACAUGCCCAUAUACAGACCAGUAAGCUCCCAGCUUGGUCAGUCGGAAGGUUUUAUUGGCCUGUGUAUGGGCAGGACCAUUAGUCAUGGAACAGAAAUCUAGAGGGCAGGGCAAGACUAUCCUGUUAUUGUAAGGGCUGCGGUUGUCCAACUGGUGUUGGCCUAUCUUCUCCUGCCCGCACCCCUCGACCUUCAGCGCUGUCCUAUGUGCGAGAGUCUGCUGCUGUAUGCCCUCUUUCCUAAAUCCAUCCGUCCAAGUGUACGGCCAGCCAGUGCUCCUUUAAUAGCUUGCUUUGUUUGUUAAAUGAAUUCUAUAGAGUCCUUUAUGCCCGACGGACUGAGAGAGAGAACCCUGUGUAACUCCCCUAUGUCAUAUUCAUGCAUGCACACAGGCCCCAAGCCAAUGUCUGCCCGCAAAGGCCACUGACAUGCAAGUCUUAAUGUUAAAUCUUAUUUAAGGCAAGUCCGAUGUCCCUGUUGGCCUGGUGGUAUUGAACUUGUGUUGAAAAUACCCCUUGUAUGUUAAGUAACAAUAUUGCGUCCAAAUAUUUCAUGCUGUCAAAGAGAUGGACACACGGUGAUGUUUGUGAUCAAUGACUGCCAUGCAGGUAUAUAUAUAUAUAUAUAUAUAUAUAGGCAACCUAACAAGAAUGCUCUGUGUUGCUCGGUUUGCAAUGAACAGUGGCAGCAUCUAAAGGAGGGUUGCCGGUUCCCAACAUGCCUAUGUUUGCCCACUACACUGUAUGCUGUUAUACCCCCCCGGUUGGUGGUCAUGUGUAUAUGCAUAUUUAUAACAUGUAUAUGGAGUAUUUAUAUAUACAUGUGCACUGUACUGAAACCAGUAAGCAUUUGGGUUUUGUUUUCUGUUCCAUUUACUCUUGUCACGUAGAUAAAGAAAUCCCACGUCAUUACGGAAUCCAUUGCGUGUUUUCUAUUUAUAAAUUUUAAAAAGUGCUGUAAAAUAAUAAAAUAAAUUAAAAUCUUUGAGACUGCC